AUUUUAGCAUUGGCUAAACCUGGACCGACACGAUCGCCGAAAGCGAUAAAAACCAUAAGUUCGAAUAGCAUUCUUAAUGCAAUCAAGGAUUUUCCAUCAUCUGAGUCAUCUUCCGAGCCAAUAAUAAUUGAUUUAUUGCCAUCUUCGUCAACGCUGUCACCAGGCAUUAGUAGUAGCGCAUCAACUACAAAGAAAUAUCCCGAAGUGAGAACGACCGCGUUGGUACAAUCUAGCACUGUGCCAAUUACUAGGACUAAGGCACCAGUCGUUAUUACUGCUAAAUCUAAAACGACAAUACAACCUAAGACUACUACUCAAGCACCCAUAGGAUUCGCAAGUUUAUGGCGGGCGUUAUUUGGCAGCAACCGUUUUGAAGCGUCCACAAUAGCGAGUGCUAAGAAAAAUCCGAAGUCCGUGACUCCAAGAUCAGUUCAAGCCACUCAAAAAUCCAUUGAGAUUACUCCGAAACCAGUACAGAUUAUAAAAUCAACUACGCGUACAAGUCAUAUAAUGUCCGCAAUCAGAUCGCAUGCAACGCCGAGAAGCGUCGAUAUCUCAGACAUCCAAGUGAUUUCGACCAAAUCGCAUGCAGAUAAUAUUGAUUCCACCUCUUCUUCGACGCUAAGUCCGAUUUCAACACAACGAACACUUUUAAAUAAUCCAAAUCCUAGAUUGAACGACGUCCCUACAUCUACGUACUCAUCCGAGGACGAUUCGAAAUUCCUGGUCGCGCUCUUACGAGCCAUACAAACAGAAACAAAAACGAGCACCUCUACAACGACACCUAAAAUAAUUGAGGAUGAGGAAGCCUUCUUGAGAGCGAUUUUAAAUAAUCAAGCUAGUAUUUCUACUGCGAUACCAUCAUCCACCGAAUUAAAUCCUGCUGCUUUGCUGGCAUUACUUUUAAAGCAGCAGGGCAUAGAACCGUCGACACCAGCAACAAAAUUUAGGGAACAAUUGCAAUUAGCUAGCCUGGACUUAACUACUACUCGAUCAAUGACAACGACCACAAAUAGAGCGACUUUCAGUUCGAGCACUCAAUCUGCAGUUAGCACGAGAAAAACAACGACUACACCAAGACGAUCUUUGAGACCAUCAGAACGGACUAGCGGUUAUACGUGGUCUCCUAGUUCAACGUAUCCACCUCCUCUCUUUGGAGAAAAUUCGGGUAGUGGAUUGAUUACUGCUACUAGAGCCAUCGGUCAAUUUCUUGGCGCUGCCAUUACGGGUGCAGCUCAACAAUUACAAUCUUUUCUAAGAAAUGGCACUAGAAGCAUAGCUGGGUAAUAUUAGAAAAAAAGGAUAAUA